GAUUUAUAUUUAUAUUUAGUGAAACAAUUAUUCAAACAGGAUUGUGAAUAAGUUAAGCUCAUGGAGUCAUGGUCAAUGCAAUGCAAUGCAAUGCAAUGCUGCACUAUGUCAAUAACUCAUACUGAUUGCUUAGAUUGAUAUGAUUAUUGAUCAGUCAUGGCUAUUAUUUGGUUACAAAAACUCAUACCUCUCAUCUUUCUUUGCUUCUUAACUACCGCUGCAGCUGCAGAAACUACUUCCCUCGAUGACCAGUGCAAGAAAUCAAGUUGUGAUGGUAUUCAUGGACCAUUCAUUAGAUUUCCUUUCAGACUCAAAGGAAAACAACCAAAAUGGUGUGGCUACGAUAACUCCCGGUUUGAAGUAUAUUGCUCACACACCAACCAAACUGUGUUGGAACUACCCUUUUCUACUAAAGCCAUCAUCAAAACCAUAAACUACACUUCACAAAUCUUAACAGUGUCUUAUCCUGAACUCUGCCUUAACAAACAGCUUCCCAAUUUCGAUAUAUCCUCAUCUCCUUUUCAGUUCAACUCUGAGUUUGGACUCCGUGAGUAUGCUCUAUUCAACUGUUCAGGGACUAAUCACAGAAACACAUAUAAUAAUAAUCAUGAUAUAAUAACAUCUGGAAACUUUUCAUGCCUCAACUUGCCAGGAUUUGAAGUUAUAGCAGUGAAUUCCGAAUCAUCAAUAAUCUGGAUGCCUUUGUUGUCCUGUACUAGAAUCCAAAACCUUGUAAUGUUGCCUAAUUCUUUGUUUAACAACAAUGUUGAUGCUGGUCUCAAUUGGAACCAACCAGAUUGCAGAAACUGUGAACAAAACGGUGGGCAAUGCAAGGCCAAGAGAAACACAUCCCAACACGAAUUCGAAUGCACGGGUAUCACUAAAGGUUUCCCAAAAGGAAAAGUGAUUGCCGGUGUCCUAGGCCCAUUUUCUCUGAUAUUUGUUGGAGUCGCAACAUAUUGUAUCUAUGUAGCUUGCAUUGAAAGGAAGAAUUACAUAAGGAUCAAAAAGUUUCUGAAGGACUAUAAAGCUCUUAAGCCUGCUAGAUAUACUUACGCGGAUAUAAAGCGAAUUACAAAUCAUUUUAAGGACGAACUGGGGCAAGGAGCUUUUGGAUCUGUCUUCAAAGGAAAGCUAUCAAACGAAGUUCAUGUAGCUGUUAAAGUCCUAAACACUUCAACAGGAAAUGGCCAAGAGUUCAUCAAUGAGAUGGAAGCAAUGUGUCAGAUUCACCACAUCAACGUGGCUCGCUUGGUUGGCUUUUGUGCAGACGGAAACAAACGAGGUUUGGUGUAUGAAUUUUUACCAAAAGGUUCGUUGCAGAAAUUCAUAUCGUCUGCAGACACUAAGGAUGUCUUUUUAGGUUGGGAAAGACUACAGAACAUUUCUCUCGGUAUAGCUAAGGGUAUCGAGUAUCUUCACCAAGGUUGUGACAAACGAAUUCUCCAUUUCGAUAUCAAACCCCAUAAUGUAUUGCUAGACGAUAAUUUCACACCCAAAAUUUCUGAUUUUGGUUUGGCCAAACUUUGUUCCAAGGAAAAAAGUAUUGUAUCAAUGACCACGGCUAGGGGAACUUUGGGCUACAUUGCACCAGAGGUAUUUUCUAGGAACUUUGGUAAUGUUUCCUAUAAGUCCGAUGUUUAUAGUUUUGGGAUGGUGCUUCUUGAAAUGGUUGGAGGAAGGAAAAUAACCGAUGACACGAAAGAAAAUAGCAACGAUGUUCACUAUCCACAAUGGAUUUAUAAUCUUUUAGAGAAUGAGGAAGAUAUAAAAAUCCAUAUAGAAGGAGAAGAAGACGCUAGGAUUGCAAAGAAGCUAUCAGUUGUGGGACUUUGGUGCAUUCAGUGGCACCCAGCGAAUCGUCCGACCAUGAAGGCUGUGGUUCAAAUGCUGGAAGGAAAUGGAGAGAAGUUAGAGAUGCCGCCUAAUCCUUUUGCUUCUGCAUCAGCAACUAGAACGAAUGCUGCUAGGCGUCUGAACUUGGAACUCGAUGUGAUCUCAGAAAUAGAGUGAAGUUGGGAUCAACAGUACUUAAUACUCUUUACUAUAAAUUAUUUUUUCUUUAAAUAAGUUUCAUGUUCAAUUAUAUUGAUCAUUUCUCUGAACGUUGAAAUUAAAUGUUAGUUUCGGGUAUCUUAAAAUCUGUGAGUUCAAUGUUACUAUGAUAUUUUUUUUAAUAGCAUGCCAGCACCGUGUAUUGAUCAUCAAAUCAUCCUUUUUAAAUUUGCUGUAUUGCUUCCAAUUUGGUUCCUCAAUUAGCUCAGCUAUUAGCAAAUUAUGGUGAUUCAGUUUGGAUAGAGGAUGUGCCUCAAGUUAUUGCUUCUGCUUAAGUUGACCUCUGAUUUCAUGCUAAAUCCUUUCUAUAAUUUAAUGAAAUAACAGUUUUCCAUUUAAAAAUCUAACCAAUAUUUCUAGUCCAAU